CAAUCAGCUCUCAUACUGUUCUUACCUCUUCAGCUACUUUCCUCUUCACCGCAAAUCGCCGCAGCGUCUUCACCAGCUCCUCCGCGAAAACGUGAAAUUCAUGUUUUUUUGGGAGCAAUUUCUUAGUUUUUGCUAUUUUGAUCAGUAAGUUGCAGCGUUUGCACAAUUGAGGAGCUUCGGAUCGUCUAGCAUCUCUAAUUCUCGAAUCUGUUGAAUGGCGGCCGCGAUUCUACACGGAGUUGGAGCUACAACGCCUCUCUCAUCGGUCAAUUACAAUAAUUCUCGCAGAUCGCUCCCAGAGAGGAAAAGAGCUUCAUUUGUCAUUCAAUGCUAUGGGAGUUUGUCGUCUAGGUCGAACAUCGGCAUUAACAGGGCGGCAAAGUUGUCAACUAAUGCAGUUGCAACGAAGCAAGAUAACGUAACAGCUUCUACUCCAUCCAAGCCCGGGCAUGAACUUUUGCUUUUUGAGGCUCUCCGUGAAGGGCUGGAAGAAGAGAUGGAACGAGAUCCCCGGGUUUGUGUCAUGGGUGAAGAUGUUGGCCACUAUGGAGGAUCAUACAAGGUGACAAAGGGCCUGGCAGACAAGUAUGGAGAUCUCAGAGUCCUCGACACACCCAUUGCUGAGAACUCAUUCACUGGCAUGGGCAUUGGAGCUGCCAUGACUGGAUUGCGCCCCAUUGUUGAGGGAAUGAACAUGGGUUUUCUCCUUCUAGCCUUCAAUCAGAUCUCUAACAACUGUGGCAUGCUUCACUACACAUCUGGGGGACAGUUUAAAAUACCAAUAGUCAUCCGUGGACCUGGAGGUGUUGGUCGACAGCUUGGAGCAGAGCAUUCACAGCGUUUGGAGUCAUAUUUCCAGUCAAUUCCUGGGAUUCAGAUGGUGGCUUGCUCGACGCCCUAUAAUGCCAAGGGUUUGAUGAAAGCUGCUAUUAGAAGUGAUAAUCCUGUUAUUCUCUUUGAGCAUGUCUUACUCUACAAUCUAAAAGAGAGAAUCCCAGAUGAAGAGUAUGUAUUGAGUCUCGAGGAAGCUGAGAUGGUCAGAACAGGAGAGCACGUCACCAUUCUAACAUAUUCUAGAAUGAGAUAUCAUGUUAUGCAAGCUGCUAAGACUCUGGUAAACAAAGGAUAUGAUCCUGAAGUCAUUGAUAUCAGAUCACUGAAGCCAUUUGAUCUUCACACCAUUGGGAAUUCAGUGAAGAAGACUCAUCGUGUGGUCAUUGUUGAAGAGUGCAUGAGAACGGGUGGAAUUGGUGCCAGCUUGACAGCUUCAAUAAAUGAACAUUUCCAUGAUUACUUGGAUGCUCCAAUUGUGUGUUUGUCAUCUCAGGACGUGCCAACUCCAUAUGCCGGGACUCUGGAGGACUGGACUGUUGUUCAACCUGCACAGAUUGUUGCUGCUGUUGAGCAGCUCUGCCAGUAGUACCUAACAUCCAUUCUUGAUUUGUACGAUUGCCAAAUUUUGUGAUAAAUCAUAGGUUUGUUCGAGUUGCUUUUGUUUGAGAUGUGUGCUGUUUAAGUAAGUCAGACAGGCUUUGUAGUUGUCUUUUCUCUUUCUAGAAGGGAAAUUGAUGUUAGAAGUGGUGUAACUUUAAAGAUUUUGUUGUAUGAAUACCUUUGAGCUUGACGUA